UUGUCUUUCUCAAGAGCACAGUAUCGCUACCACACGAAUGAUGGACAUCUCUGACCCUCUAACUCUGAGUCCUUUUAAUAACAGCAGUUGUAUGAAAAUGAAAGAAAGAACGCCGUUCAAUCAGGUGAUGACUUGCAAAGCCUCCAACAUGCAGAGAUUCAUCCAGGUGAUGCAGAUGCUGGCGUUGAAGAGCUGCCGAAAGGUCUGCCAGCUGUUCUGCUGCCCCACAGUCACUCAGCUGUGUGAAGAGGUCACAUGCUGCAUAGGUCAAAAAUGUCAAGAUGCGCAGGAUAAAACUCCACAAGUGGCACUGCGGAGUCUGCCUUCCACCAUUUUGAUUGUGAACAUCAGCAACUCCACCUUGAAUGACUGCGUUAUAGGAUACGACUCAUCUGCUGUGGCACAAAGUCAGCCUCUACUACAGGGAUCUGAGCACCAAAUGCACGAUCAGGCGAGGUGCAGCUGCAGCCGUGGACAGAAGGGCGCAGGACACACCUCUGCUUCACCUCCUCCUCCUGUCUGUCCUCCCCUUCCAUCAGCGGAGGCUGCGAGCGUCAACAUACACAGCUCCUAUCUCAAUUGUGUCAUCAUUGGAGACAACAACUACAUGCACGCUGAGCAGAUCCGCUCGACUGAAACAGAAGAACCCCAAGUGUGAAGCUUUGGCCGCGCGGAGCUGACACACACACACAAAAUGAGCUCUAGCAGCACUGCCAUCUAUGGCAUGAUAAUAGUAUUAGGUCAGAUAAUUUCCAUCUCCAGACCACUUUUUUUCAACUUUUGGAUUUGUUUCCAGUCUGCUUUUACUUUUUCUGGGUUUGGUUUUUGGCACUGGCAGACCCAGUGUCCAUCUUCUCUAUCCAUCCAUCCAUCGUCAACCGCUUAUCCUGCAUACAGGGUCGCUGGGGGUUGCAGCCAAUCCCAGCUUACAUUGGGCUUAUUUUUUCAGGCUACAUCUAACAAUAAUUUAAGUAUUAUAUUAUUAUAAAUCUGCCUGUUAUUUUGAAUCAGAAAAGUAAAAAAAAAUCUGACAAAACAAAGAUAUUCAGUUUAAUAUUAUAGAUAGAAAAAUAUAGAAAAAAAAAAAGAAAAGAAAAAGGAGAUGGAACCACAUACUUUUUUUUUGUUUUUUUCAUUUUGACUUACAUCAUUACUGUUAUAGUGUAAUAGGACUUUUUUGCUCUGGUCCUGACAUUUGCAAGUACUGAAAACAUAACCAUAAUUAAUCACAGUUCUCCAAGUGUUGUAAUAGUUUCAGCACACACAAACAAACGUCAACUGCCCAAACCUUUUGGUAAAAUAAUCCUAUUAAGUAAGGACUUUCCUGUUUUGCAAUGUUGGGGCCUCUUCUCCCAUGUCAAACAUGAGGACAUAAAGGUGGGAGCAGUUUUACUGCAUUUAUUUCCCACAUGGAUGUGACUAUCAAAUGACUCGUCUCUCUAUGAUCUCAUCUCAUCUGAUCUUUCGGCACUUGAUGUCCUGUGGCCUGAUACGCUGACUGAUAUACUUUGUUAGAUCCAUUUUUUCAGCUCAUGUUGUGUGAUUGCACAGGCAAACUAAAAAAAUGCUUUGUGUUUGUCCUAAUGUAUGACAGUGGGGGUGGCAGUGGUGCAGUGGAUAAGACUAUGCCUUUGGUGUGAGCAACCCAGGUUCAAUCCCCCACUGUUUUUCAUCCACCAUUGUGUCCCUGAGCAAGACACUUAACCCCUCGUUGCUCCAGAGGCGUGUGACCUCUGACAUGUAUAGCAAUUGUAAGUCAUUUGGGAUAAAUGCGUCAGCUAAAUGAAUAAAUGUAAAUGUAUGGCCUAUGGUCAUUAAUAGUAGACUACGUAGUAGUGCUCAUUGUUGUAACUCAUUUAGAUUUUUUGCAUUUUUAUAUUUAGUAUAAAAUGCUCAGGACACAUCGCACAAAAAUAUGCAAUGAUAGGACUUUGAAUCAAGGUUCUACUAUUGUGUCUGCUGAUGUUUAUAUGAUGUGAUGCUAAAAUGCUCCAUGUUAAUUUUCACAAUGUGCUACUUUUCUUAUUACUUUUAUAUUGAGAGAGAUUUUGUGGACACUAUAUGUUUGAAAUGACAAAAAUAUGUUUGUAUAAUUAAAAAUAAAGAUGAUAGAGAUC